UUUACUUUGGACCUGUCGAUCAAUUACACCAUCCUGGACUAGGCCGUAAAAACCAGUAAAUUAGCAGGGCAGAGGAGGAUGAAUCAACAGAGACAUUCCUACACUGUUUGACGUUUGCAAGGGUUUUGGGGGUGUGUGUGUGUGUGUUCAGUGAGUUAUCUGCUUGUGAUCCUGCUUUUGUGUAGAUUUAAUAUCGACUAGUUCUGUGUAUGGUUGAUGGUCAAGGUGUGUGUCUGUAGUUACCUGGAGAGACUGAGCCAGCUCCUGUGGGUUUUGUGUUACCUGAGCUCCACCGGCUUGGCAGCGGGACAGCAAUCACCUUUACAAUAGGACAGGGUCCAAAACCUUAUCGUUGUUCUGAGGAACUGUAAAGGCGGUGUGUUUCAAAGAUGUGUGUGGUUCUGUGGAAGUCUUGUCCCGGAGUGGGAGGGGCCAGGAGAGGCAAAUGGGACAGAGUUGGCACAGGUGAGAUAUAAAAGCAGGCGUGUGUGUGUGUGUGACCGUGUGUAUCUGAGGAUCACACUCACUCACCUCUCGUCCGUCUGCGUCUGUUGACCGGAGAACAGACUUGGGGAUUAUCGGACAGUUGAUGAGCUUUAGGGCACUGCCAUUGUCCAGGGGAUCAACACACACAGAGGAGAACUUUUGAACUUGGCUGCAGUACAGAUUGUGCAGGACAGACAUUAUAGUACAGGACAGAACUUUGGAAGUGUUCUCGCUGUGGAUACGCUUGUUGCCAUCUCUCGCACUCAGUCUUCAGCUCUCCAACUCAUGACAACUGCAAGGACUCGGACCACAGAAGAUACGCCUGGAGCUCUGACUGCCAUUCACAACUAGACCUCAACAAGAAUGGAACCCCUCCUUCAUAACAGCUUAUAAGCUAUCAUAACAACCUGUGGCUCUUCAACAGUUCCUGUCCCAUUCAAACAAGGGAGACCUUGUUUGUGGGAGAACGGAGCGAACCAACCUGCCAGUCUCCACGGGGGAGGGGAAUCAUGUAUGUGCUUUGCACCCUGGUGGUACUGAGUAUCCACAGCCUCUUUAAGAGCCGACACAAGACCCUGGACCCAGGCGACAAAGAGGCUGGAGAUGGGGCCACGUUGCCUGGGGACAAGGCCCCUCCGCUGGGGGAGGGAGGCAGGGUAAGGGACCCCGAGCCUGGAGGUCUUGGAGGGGGUGUGGGGCCCAGGGAGAGGGAGCGAGGGGUGACUGUAGCCCUCUCUCAGGGGAAGAGGCAGAGAGCUGUAGACCGUAAGUCUGCAGGUUGCAACUGCGCAAACAAACGUAGAGGUGACCGGGAGCUGCGCUGCAGCCAGGGCAGGCUAGGAUGCCGAGGAGGCAGCCUGGAGAAUGUGCCGGACAGCAGAAAACAAUUGCAGCCGGUCCAGAGACCCAGUGCUUUGCUCAGCCCUGUGGUCAUGUUCGGAACAAAAAAGACCUGGGACCUUGGCCACGCCCCCUGUCUGCAGGAGCUCUGGAAGAAAGACGUCUCAUUGGAUGCGAGCUCAGUGGACUUCUUGAUGAGUGAUGGUGAGGAGGACUGCUCCUUCCUGUCUCUACCCACAGCCGCUUUCCCACAACGUACCGCUCUGACCACUACUGACCAAUUAGAAACCAGCCAGCACAAUCACAACCAACAGCUACUCAUACAGAAGGUGACCUGGUCCUGUUCCUGGACAUCUGCCUAUACACUGCAGGAGAAAGUCUGCGAGUUCCAGGCGCGUCUGCGACGCCAGGAAGCCUCCCGGUGUCUGCAGUUGCAGAGGCCGCAGCAGAGUCACCAACAGAGUCUUCAGGAGAAGACGAGCCUCAUACACACGCUACCGGAGGAGCUGCACACAGCACUGCCCAGCGGUGUUCGGGCAGUGCAGAGGCUGGCUGAGCCACAGGAGCAGCAGCAGCACAGCAACUGUCUCAUUCAGGAAGGAGAGCAGCUCAUCGCAGCGCUGCGCACACAGGUGGGGGAGCUGGAGGAGAAGCUGCCAGACCAGACCCAGGAGGUGGAGAGACUGCGCUCGGGGGUGGGGGCGACCGACCUGGAGAAGCACCUGGAGCUGCUGGUGGUCGAGAACGAGCGGCUGAAGCAGGAGCUGAAGGCAUGCAAGACCUCACUGCUCCAGGAGGCUCCUCCACCGGCCUGCACAGCCACUGACUGCCCCCACAGCCAGGAUGUGGAGGCCCUGCGUGAGGAGGUGUCUCUCUGGGAGAGCCAGACCAGACCAAGGCAGAGGAGGCUGGCUGAGUUGGAGCAGCAGGUCCUGGAGAAGGCCAGCCGGGUGGAGACGCUCAGCCGACAGCUGGAGGAGUCCAAGCUCCACGCGGGGGAGAUGCAGAGGCAACUGGAGGAGUCCAAGUGUCAGCAGGGGGAGGUGGAGCAGCAGCUGAGCGUCCGGCUCAGAGACUGUGAGGAGGAGCUGGCCAGACAGGCUGCCCGGACCCAUCAGGUCAAGUAUGUAACUGAGAUAGUGGAGGUGGAGUCGUCAGGGUCUCAGCAGGCGGUAACCGAGGCCCAGGCCAAGAGCGCCGCCCUGCAGGAGCAGCUAUCACUGCAGAGACAGCUGCUCCGAGAGCUGGAGACACAGCUGCAUGAGUCCCAGAGGACCAGCACCCAGCUCCGAGCUCAGCUGCGUGCGGACCGCAGCCGUAUCUGCGGCCUGCUCUCCAAGGCCGUCGGAAGGGGCAAUGGCGAGAUCAUUUGCAGGUUGUCUAAGAUCCUGGUGUACGAGGGGGAGAUGGAGCGGGCCCAGGGCCAGUUGGAGGCUGAAAUGCAGAACCUGGAGGAAGAGAAGAACAGGGUGAUCGAAGAGGCCUUCAUCAGGGCUGAAAGUGAGAUGAAGGCCGUGCAUGAGAACCUGGCAGGUGUGCGUAUGAACCUUUUGACGCUUCAGCCAGCCCUGCGUACUCUCACCUGUGACUACAACUGUCUGAAGAGGCAGGUUCAGGACUUCCCCUUCAUGCUGGAGAAGGCCAUGAACGAGGCCAAGCAGGAUAUCUGCCAGGUGAUAGGUGAGGUGAGCAGUGCCAACCAAGAGCUGCUGAGGAAGUACAAGAGAGAGAUGAACCUGAGGAAGAAAUGCCACAACGAGUUGGUGCGCCUCAAAGGUAACAUCAGGGUGUUCUGUCGGGUGCGGCCGGUGUGCCGGGGGGAGCAUGAUUCUGCCGAAAACAUGGUCAGCUUUGACCCAGAUGACGAUGCCCUUCUCUACCUCUCCAACAAGGGCAAACUGAUGACCUUUGAACUGGACAAGGUGUUCCACCCUCAGGCCACGCAGGAAGGGGUGUUCCAAGAGGUCCAGUCCCUGGUGACAUCCUGUAUUGAUGGCUUUAACGUAUGCAUCUUCGCCUACGGACAGACAGGCUCAGGAAAGACCUACACCAUGGAGGGUGUGGCCAAGGACCCGGGUAUUAACCAGAGGGCUCUCAGACUGCUGUUCUCUGAGGUGACUGAGAAAGCGCCCGACUGGGACUUCAAGAUCACUGUUAGCAUGGUGGAGAUCUACAACGAAACCCUACGGAACCUUUUGGGGGACAACCAGGGGGAGAAGCUGGACAUCAAGAUGAAUCCAGAUGGUAGCGGUCAGCUCUAUGUGCCAGGCCUCACGGAGUUCACUGUCCAGAGCCCUGAGGACAUCAACAGGGUGUUUGAGCUGGGUCACAUGAACAGGGCCACAGCCUGCACCAAUCUGAACGAACACAGCUCCCGCUCUCACGCCCUCCUCAUCAUCACCGUAGCAGGCGUCAACUUCUCCACCGGGCACCGCACGCAAGGUGUACACACACACACACACACACAAUUCCUGUACCGGACAUCGCACGCACACGCACACACACACACACACACACACACACACACACACACAGACAGACAGACAGUCAUUCAGGAUUUUGUCUCUGUACACCCUCUACUAGGUAAACUGAACCUGGUUGACCUGGCUGGCUCAGAGCGGAUUGCUAAGUCCGGGGCAGAGGGCAGCCGCCUGCGAGAGGCCCAGUGCAUCAACAAGUCCCUGUCGGCCCUGGGUGACGUCAUCAAUGCGCUACGGAGCCGACACUCCCACGUGCCCUUCAGGAACUCCCGGCUCACCUACCUGCUGUCUGACUCACUGAGCGGGGACAGCAAGACCCUGAUGAUGGUGCAGGUGUCUCCCCUGGUCUGUAACAUGAGUGAGUCGGUGUGCUCUCUGAAGUUUGCCCAGCGGGUUCGGACCAUCGAGCUGGGCAAUGCCACCAGGAGACAGUGGGAGAACUCUUCCACCACCUCCUCGCCCACCCACGACAGCGUGGAGCUGGACUCUCCCCCGGUGACUCCCGCGCCCCUCCCUAUCUCCCGGGCCAACAGUGCCGGCUCCACCCUCUCCGCCUCCUCCAAAACCCCCACCACACGACGGAGGUCUCAGUCCCAGCUCUCUGCAGACAGGCUGUUAGGCAGAGCCAGCCCAUUGGUGGGGGACGGUGGGCAGGACGAUUGAAACUGUCUGUCUGAAGGCUCCAAUGGAUCCGGACCCUGACCCAGUCAGCCAUUGGGCCUUCUGAACAGGAGGGUGUUAACCAGCACCUUGACCCACCAAUAGGUUGUUCCCAAAGCAGAGAGUUUCUAUCUCCUUCUGCUGAUCUCACUCAGCCAAUGUGUGAGAGAAACUGGAUUAGACAAAUGAUCAGAUUGAGAGAAUGGUGACAUUUCAUUUAUUGAGCUGUUUGAACAGCAGAGGGAUGAAGAGGGGGAUACGAACUUUGACCCUCGUGGAAGAUCCAUACCAAAACUCUGUCCCGAUGCUCUAAAAUGGCCUCCAAGUCUCCUUUUCUUCAUUACCACUGAUAGCUGACAGGAAUGGAUAGGUGUUCAUUUUAGCCAGGACUGUUGUACAGCCCCCCAUAUCUUAACUACGUGUCCUCGUUUAUACCCCUCAAGGAACACAACACCCCAGACUGCAAGUGACUACAGGACACACCUGUCUGUCUUCCACACCUGACUAGGGGCCAAAGUGGAGGAGCACCUGAGAGUAACACAGGCCCCUGUCCUAAAAACAACUCUCAUAAAAAUAAAAAAACUAUACUCCUCACAGCCCAGAACAACUCCACCACACCUUCACCUUUGACCCUUCAACUGGGCCCGUGAUCUAUUCUCCCAUUGGCCAAUAUAUUGUCGGCCCCUCACAAUAACGCCACACCCACACCCUUAAGUCCUAACCGAUCCCUUAGUCCCAUCAUCCACUAACAGUAUAGCCCUUUCAAUCACAGUAUUUCUGGGUAGAAAUGCACUUUAAACAAGGCUGAUACCUUCUUGAUGUGUUUUAGAACAAUGCUCCAGUUACAGAUUAUGAUAUGCAUAUACAGUAUAUAUCUGUGUUUGAGAUAAAACAUUUUUUAUCCCUUUAGACUCCAUUGUGGGUUUUUUGGGGUGGGGGGGGUUACAAGGUCUCAUGGUCUCCUUCCACACUUUCUCCCCCUCAUCCAAUCAGGGUACUCUACAGAUAUGGAGCUGGGCUUCUUUUGCCCUGUAGGACGCAAGCAAUAAGAGACGUGAGUGCAGAGAGCGUUUAACUUCCUGUGUAGCCGUUUGUGUUUUAGAUUAGAUUUCUCCAGGGCAAUACAGAGCAGCCACUGCAUGGAAACGUUCAUGUUGUCGUGUUUCUUGUACUGAGUGAAUAAAGCUAGACGAUUCAAACUCCCUGCCAGACAGGAAAUGCCAUUCCUGUUAUUGGAUGCUGCCUGUUGAAGUUGCCCAGAGGCACAGAUCUAGGAUUAGUUUCUUCUACCCAAAUUCUAAGGUUAUCCAAUAGGGACACAACACAAAACUGACCCAAGAUCUGCAUCCAGGACAGCUUAAUCCUACUCCCUCUGGCUGACCACAAGCAACCAAUGACAACGGAUCGCCUCACGGAACAGACACUGCUGCCCCUGAGGGAGUGAUCAAGCUUGUGAACUGUAUUUGAAAAUGCAUUGUGUAAAUAGGAAUGCUUUGUACAUUUGAUCAGCUGAUCAAUACAUAUCAGCUAAUUGACCGUGUGUCUUCAAUGUUAAACCAAUGUUCCCUCCAAUACCAGGAUGUCCGAGGAACAUUGAGGACACGCUGCAUCGUGUUGGUUGUUGAUGGAUAUCUCUACUUGCUUUUGUCUUUGUUGUGGAAACCUUCUGCGGCAGUCUUGAUUUUGUACACCCUUUUUUAAUAAACACUCAAUACGAAUUGAAACUCGGCUGUCCCUAACAGAUGUUUGUUUCUAGUGGUUAUAUCUUUCGUCACCGUUUAUUAAAUGGUAGGUUGUAUUACAUCUACCCGGGACAAUGCUCUUUGACCAACUGGUUCAGGAUGGUUGCAGCCAUUGAGUUGUAUAGAGCAGGAGUUCCCACACUUUUUCACUAGCCCCCACCCCCGCAAGCGCAGUCACCUCGUCUAUUUGGGGACAAGCGCUGUUCACACCUCGUUGGUUUUGAGAAUUUUGCAGGUUUAAAACUUAUUUCCUGCAAUUCUACACAUUUUGUCAUGGGGUGCAAAGAAAAUGUUGCAGUUUUAAAGC